ACCUGCAGGCUGGACAGCAGCGGGGGUGGAGCAGUCGGCCCCCCUUGUGGAGCUCCCAGCGGCCCGGCCUGGGCUUCAGCCAGCAGUCCUACUACAGCACCCAGGAGGCGGAGAAGCAGCCUGAGAAGCAGCCUGAGAAAGAGCUGGAGAAGGAGAUGGAAAUGGAGAAGGAGAUGGAGAAGGAGAUGGAGAAGGAGCCUGAAGAGGAGCCUCUGCACACCAUCAUCAGCGACACUGAGGCUGUUCAAGGUGACUUUUCCAAACAUGAAUUUCAGGCUGAGACGAAAAAACUGCUGGACAUUGUUGCCAGGUCCUUGUACUCCGAGAAGGAGGUGUUCAUCAGGGAGCUGAUCUCCAACGGCAGUGACGCUCUGGAGAAGCUGCGCCACAAACUGAUGACGGCAGGCGGAGAAACGGCUCAGAUGGAGAUCCACCUGCAGACUGACAGUGCCAAGGGUACCUUAACCAUUCAGGUAUAA